AUGGUUUCCAUCCAUGAGACUCUGAAUUACCACAAGAUGGACCGAAGGCUCUAUGAGACCGUUCUAAAGAUGGGGCGUUUUCCGGCUUUGGCUCGCAACAUUGUGGCUUUAUGGAUGUGGCUUGAACUUAUGGGCAUCAAUGUUAUUCACUACAUUAAGGACAUCAGUGAUCCUUCUUUGCUGCUCAAUUUCAUCAAGGAAGCAGAGACCAUUCUAAACAUUAUCCGUCAAGCAUCACCAGUACUGCCUUUCGGCAAUGAUGAAUUAUUGGUGAGUCUGCCAUUCAUGGCUGGUUUUGCUACUGAACCCAUCAACAUCCGAUUCUUUUAUUGUCAUAGCGAUGUUGUUGUGAGGGGGUUAACAUAUUUGUUGGAUGGAGUUGGCACACUCAUUUUCAAUGAUCAUCUAUUUCAUAUGUUGAACGUGUACGAGAGAGCGUUGAGUGUUGCUCAUCAGCAAGGGGCGAGACGGCCGGUUAUGCCGGAGGAGCUCGCUAGUGAAUACAACUCUCGAGUCACAACUUCGCCGGAGGAUUACCGUGCUCUAUUUAUCACGUUCUCCAGACGUUGCACUUUGACAAGGGAGGAGAUUGCUCAAUAUUUCAACGAGUAA